AAACGCAGUACAGGCAAUCAGCUUUAAUGUCAUGACGUUUACAUACAUUUACGUUACACAGUUGAACGGAAACAGCUGUUUUUGUGUUGAGUCCCCCCAUUUUCAGCUAUGCAAAUACUAAGUUCAUGGAUGAAAUGUAAAGUAAAUCAGAGCAUGUGGUUGCACUGCCCUUACAUGUAAUAACUGCACCAAGUCUAUGCCCCACUGACUUCACCAGAAAUUGGGUUUCUUCUUUGGAACUACUUUCCAGGCCUUCACUGUAGCCGCUUUCAGUUGACUUUUGUUUUGGGUGGUAUAUAUAUAUACCUGUAGUAUGUGAGACUGUCGAACAGUAUAUGAAUUUCGCAUUAUGACAAUGAUAUGUUUUUUUUUCUUUCAUUUUUUUUUUACUUUUUCCAUAAGUACAAACAGUUUUUUUUAUCCUUUGGCUUAAUGCCCAUUUUUCCUUGCCAGAUUGGGCAACAAGCAAACUGGUGUUUACAAUUUUGCACACUCAUAUUAGACUUGGAGUCAUGCUAAUUUAUCAUAAUCUGGUAAUGGUAAAUGUGAUUUUGACAUACAUUUGCACAACCUACUGAACACGUGUAUCUCAGAGUCUGUCAGCAUUUGACCUGGCUGCACCUGGGCUCCCUCCACCAACCCCACCCCCACCAUGUUAAAAAAAAGGUAGUGUGGAAGUACAGAGUACAGAAAUGCAUGCCUUAAUAUAUCAAGUAGUGUUAUAAAACUACAUGAAAAACAUUAAAAUACACUAUGCAAAGAUUUUCUGGAUACUCUGGAUAUAUUUUCUCUACUGUGUCAUAUGGUUUCAUUAUUUGAACACAAUGUGCUUGUUCAUUCGUAUAAAUCCUUUCUACGUGGUUCUACUUAAUGAAACACCAGCGAGGAAGGCAGUGGUCGAAGAUUUUUAUUGUUUAUAGAAAUGGCAUUAAACGUGUUUAAUAGUUGUCAGAAUAGUUCUCUGAUUUACUGGUGAAAUUAAGGUUUUAAAAGGAGACUAGUCAAGAAACAGAGAAACAGCCAAGUUGAGAGGUGGCGCUCUAAUUAAGAGAGUGCUGUAAGGCUGUCACGAAUCUUUUCUCAAACACAAAUCUCACGUGGCGGUCCAGUGCUGUGGUGCCGCUGAGUGGUCAAUACUGAGGCGAGCUGUCUGCGGGCGCACGGAGCGCUAAGCUGGAGCAAGAGGACCUGACAGAGCAUCGUUGUGGACGUUUCCUUUUCCCCAGCGCUGUGGAAGCGGCCACGGAAAGCUGCGAUAUACGCAGCAUCAGCUAGGUGGGAGGAAACAUGGGAAUCAGAAAAAAGAACAAGAACCCACCUAUACUGAGCCACGAUUUUAUCAUCCAGAAUCAUGCUGAUAUUGUUUCCUGCAUUGCAUUGCUGUUCGUUGUUGGUCUGUUGUUUGAGGUUACUUCUCAUGUGGCCGGUUUGUUCAUAACUGUUCAACACAACGUCACCAUCUCAACAAAUGCUGCGUUUCCCGAGGGCCCAGAGGAGUUGGCUGUCAAUUACUUCCACCAUGGCCCGAAGGACAUGGCCACUGUGUUCUUCUAUAUGCUGAUAGCCAUCAUUUUUCAUGCAGUCAUACAGGAAUGUCUGCUCGAUAAAAUAAACAGGAAGAUGCAUCUAUCCAAGAUCAAACACACCAAGUUUGAUGAAUCCGGCCAGCUGAGUGCCUUCUACCUUCUGUCCUGUGGAUGGGGAACUAGCAUACUCUUCUCAGAAAAUCUUUUGUCAAGUCCCGUCAAUCUAUGGGAAGGCUACCCCCACACUUUAAUGCCGUUCCAGAUGAAGUUCUUCUACAUUUGGCAGCUUGCCUACUGGUUUCAUGCUCUGCCAGAACUGUACUUUCAGAAAACCAAGAAUGAGGACGUUCCACGCCAGCUGCUCUACAUUAGCCUGUACCUUGUGCACAUUGGAGGAGCCUACGUCCUUAAGUAA